CAUUGUAUUAUCGGUUUAUGAGAUAUUUGUUUGUAGUUUUGGGAAAUGAAUUAAUACACUAAAAUUUCACAGUUUUGCAGUGUGAAAAAAAGCUUUAAAGAAUUGUGCAUUUACAUUUUGACAAUAUGUUUGCUUUGCCGACUUUACAUUUUACUCCACAACAAGUGGCACAAGUUUGUGAAACUUUGGAAGAAAGUGGUGAUAUAGAAAGACUUGGACGUUUUUUAUGGUCUUUGCCAGUGAACCCGUCAGCAUGUGAAGCUUUGAAUAAGCACGAAUCUGUAUUGAGAGCCAGAUCUUUAGUGGCAUUUCAUACAGGAAACUUUAGAGACUUGUAUCAUAUUAUAGAACAUCACAAAUUUACCAAAGAAUCCCAUGCUAAAUUACAAGCAAUGUGGUUAGAAGCACAUUAUCAGGAAGCUGAGAAAUUACGUGGUAGACCUUUAGGCCCUGUAGAUAAAUAUAGGGUCCGAAAGAAGUUCCCAUUACCAAGGACAAUAUGGGACGGCGAACAGAAGACGCAUUGCUUUAAAGAAAGGACGAGAAAUUUGUUGAGGGAAUGGUAUUUACAAGAUCCCUAUCCUAAUCCUACAAAGAAGAGGGAGCUAGCCCAAGCCACUGGUCUUACACCUACACAAGUUGGUAACUGGUUCAAAAACAGGCGGCAAAGAGACAGAGCUGCAGCCUCUAAAAAUAGGCUUCAGCACAAUGGCAGUGAUAAACUUAGUCGUCUUCAUAGUUCGUCACCGACUGAUGGAUCGAUGAUAUCGUUCGACGAUGAUGAUAAAAUCGAUAUAAUGAACGAUGACGAUGAUGAUGAUAUUGACUUAGACGAUUCUAGAAGUAGUUCCCCGUUGUCACCUCAUGAACAGUCAAACGAACUAAGUGUUAGUCCAACUUAAUAAUAUCAGUAUUUGUGUAAAAUUCUACACAUCGUUACGAUAAUCUGUCAAAACAGUUCUUGCCUACAGAGGGGGUUUGCGACGGCGGAAGUUAGGAUUAGUGUCAGAUACUGUUUGUUUUUCCUUUCCCACUGAUUCUUUAACUGUCAGACUGAAGAUUCAUCUUUCGUAAUUCUUCAAUAAAACAAAGGAAAUCCUUCACAUUUCAACUCUGCAAACUGUCUAGAAAAUCUCUGCCAAUUUAUAGUGUCUAGAGAAUUGUUAUAGCAACACGUGACUGCUUAAAGUGCUAAACUUUGUUAUACGUGUAUAUAUGGAUGUAUGCUGGAACAUUGCGUGAAAUCAUAGAUAAAACAUAGUGUAUAUAUCGUUAUGAACAUUUUAUUUUAAAUAUCUGAUCAAAGAAGACUGACAAAGGUGAUUGUUUAUUUAAUGGUGAAAUAAAUUGUUGUUAUAUAUAUAUGGUUAAUAAAGUUAUUGUCUAUA